CAGAGGUUUUCAAUAUGAUUUGAUUUUUUCUCCCCUAAUUAUACAUUAUAAGAUAUAAUUUGCUUAUGAAUUGUUCUAAUUAUGUUCUCUAACAGUGGCCGAUUCGCAGCUAAACGGAAUAGACAAGCUCGUCCAGAGCCUUGUCAUCCCAAAUGCAGAAAAGGAAAUGCAAUCAAAAUGCGAGAACCUCCUACAAUCCAGCCAGAUCCCAGCGGACGCAUCUAAUACCGACACCCGAAUUCAAGACAUAUUUAACUUUUUAUUUGAUACCAUUCAAGCCGGGGGCACCACUUCAAGACUUGCCUAUUAUCGAUUGUAUGGAUACUUUGAGACUUUAGAGAACUUAAUUCAAGCGGAAAGAAAGCAAGGCUUCCACGACGGGAAGAAGACUGCAAGUGUUGCAAUCGAUACGGUCAGGGGUCACAGGCCUAACGGGACCAUUCAGCCAAACGUAGCUUCCUCUAAACUAUUACAGACAAGGUUACUACCCAGCUACACUCCCCAAUCGAAGCUUCAACAUGCGGUCCAGCUCGGUAGACCCAUCCGCCCGUAUGCCUUUCUCAUCCAUAUCCCGGAGCAACCUGUCGAUGUAUUCUCCUGCUGCUGAUAGGUGGAGAAUAUGCGCAAUAGCACGAUGGACGGCUAGAAGUCGGGGUGAGGGAGGAUCAAUUGUUCGGGUAGCGGUAAGAUGAAGCGUGCGAGUGAUAGGAAGGGCUGGGUCCCGGAUGGCGUAUCGAGGGAGAAACGAGUCAAUCCGGUAGGUAUGUUGGUCGGCUGAAAC